AUGGGCUGGGAAGUGGUAGUGCUGGGGGAGAUAAAGGACGUGAAACGUGCGGUUGACAUUGUGGACAUCUAUGAGUCUAUCCGUGAAAGGCAGCGUCAUGACAGCGAAAGGUCCACCUGCAGCACCUUGGAGCAGAACGACAUUGAAGCUGUUGAAGCACUUGUUUGCAUGAGCUCCUGGGGUCAAAGAUCACAGAAAGGUGACAUGUUAAAGAUAAGGCCACUUACGCCCUUCUCGGAUUCGGGUGAUUUCACAAUGCACGCUGAGGCUACGUCUGAAUUACCAAAGGACUACUUAUCUACACUGUGCAUGACCCCUCCGCACAGCCCUGACUUUGUUGAGAUGUCAGCUGCUAUGCUUCUCUCCUCACAAGUCACUUACUCCAAACCAAGGACUGUCAUGGCAAAUACAGCUGCCUGCUCAGUCACACCAGCGACCAGUGCCUCUCCCAUAACCAAGCCUUCUGUUAUCAGUGUGGAGCAACAGUGCGGCCAGAAGCCCGUGAUACCUGAAUCCUUUGCCUCUCAGCCUUGCAGGGCCAUGGCAACAACAAAGGUAACUUCAGGCUACAGCACUUCCAGAGACUGGUGUGGAGCAGAUGGCCGAAGACAUUCCAGACCGCCACAGGACACGUGUGCUGCAGAUGAUUUAGUUAACAAAACCUCUCCAGUAUGUCGGCCUUAUGCACAUGACUCCAGUGACAUUGUGACCAAUAAAGGACAGCUGCCAGUCCGGCCUGUUUCGCCGCCGACCCACUUACCAAAGAAUUGUGAGAAUGACUUGCAAAAAAGAGCUACGCCAGUGACACCCACCCCAGUGACACCCGCUCCUGUUUCAAGCCCCCAGGUUCUCUGUCAAAUGAUCCCUUUAAAUGGACAAAGCAGCAUGAUCAAUGCCUAUGUCAAGCCUUCAACUCCAACUGUCUCAACUCCCGUGAAACCUAUAUUACCGCAGACAGUCCCUCUCUCUCAGCCUGUACUCAUGGGACCUUCUGUGCCUCAGGGGACUGUCAUGUUGGUCCUCCCACAGACUGCUGUCACACAGGCACCGCAGUGCCCGCAAACAGUAGUGACUGUUGGGAACACCAAGUUACUGCCCCUUGCUCCUGCUCCCGUAUUCAUUGCUUCUGGUCAAAGCUGCACCCCCCAGGUGGACUUUUCUAGACGGAGGAAUUACGUUUGCAACUUCCCAGGGUGCAAGAAAACCUAUUUCAAAAGUUCCCACCUCAAAGCCCACCUUCGCACCCACACUGGAGAAAAGCCCUUCAACUGCAACUGGGAAGGCUGUGACAAGAAGUUUGCGCGCUCAGACGAGCUGUCGCGCCACCGCAGGACUCACACGGGAGAGAAGAAGUUUGCCUGUCCCGUCUGCGAGCGCCGCUUCAUGCGCAGCGACCACCUGACAAAGCACACCCGCCGCCACAUGACCACCAAGAAGAUCCCCAGCUGGCAGACAGAGGUUGGCAAACUCAACAGAAUUGCCUCAGCAGAGAAGCCGAAAGGCAGCGGUGCUCUGAGUAUGCUCAUCCCUGUGCCAUCGUCAGUCUGUCAAGGCUAG